GCUGGCUGGCUGCGCCCCCCGCGCGGCCAACGAGGGGCCGGGCACGCCGAGCCGCAGGGCCGGGGACGAGCCGAGCCGGGCCGGGCCGGGCCAGCUGCCGCGGCGCGGGGCUCGCCUGGAAUGCGGGCGCCGGGCGCGCGUCGCGACUUUUAUGGAAAGUUGCAGCGGCGGAGCGGCGGCCGCAGCCAAGGGGCGCUCGGCAGCGCAGCCCGCCCGCAGCCGGAGCGCCCCGAGCCGCAGCGCGGGCAGCGCACAGAAACUGAAAGCCAUCUUAAACAUACCAGGUGCAGAGCACAACACAGUAACCAUGAAUGACAUUGCACAGAAAACUGAGAUUCUGCUUUCUUCAUCUAAACCUGUCCAAAAGUCCUAUGUGCCCAAGCUUCACAAGGGUGAUGUAAAGGAUAAAUUUGAAGCUAUGCAGAAAGCAAGGGAAGAAAGAAAUCAAAGGAGAUCUAGAGAAGAAAAGCAAAGAAGAAAAGAACAAUAUGUUAGAGAGAGAGAAUGGAACAGGAGAAAGCAGGAGAUGAAAGAACUGCUUGCAUCUGAUGAAGAUGAUGACACCAAACUAUCUAAAAUUGAAAAGGGUUAUGUUCCAAAGCUCAUAGGAACUGUUAAAGGCAAGUUUGCAGAAAUGGAGAAGCAAAGGCAAGAAGAAGAAAGAAAAAGAAUGGAAGAAGAAAGAAAGCGCAGAAUUGAACAAGACAUGAUUGAGAAAAGAAAAAUACAAAGAGAACUGGCAAAAAAGGCACAGGAGAUUGAUGACUUUAACAAUACGGGAACUGAAUCAGCAGCUGAGGAAGGGGAUGAUUCACUGCUAGUUACAGUAGUGCCUGUAAAAAGCACCAGGACACCUGGGAAGAUGAAAAUAAUCUCUGAGAACACAGGAAAAGAGAGAGCAGAACAAAUAAAGACACAGGAUGAAGAAAUGAAGCUAAAACAUGAGGAACAAAACCAAUUACUUAAGGAACCCAAGUGCCUUUCAUUUGUCAAGGGUGAAAAUGAAAGCAGUGAAACUCAAGAGCCUCUGUCUCCUGGUAAGCUGAAAGUCACAUUUGAAGAACUGGAAAGACAAAGACAGGAGAAUCAAAGGCGGCAAGCAGAGGAAGAAGCAAGACAGCGUCUGGAAGAGGAAAAACGUGCCUUUGAGGAAGCCAGGCAGCAAAUGAUAAAUGAAAGUGCUGAUGAAGAAUCUGAAAAUACUGUUAAAGAAUUCCGCCCUGGUAAACUCAGACUCAGUUUUGAGGAGAUAGAAAGACAGAGGAGAGAAGAGGAAAAGAGGAAAGCAGAAGAGGAUGCGCGACGACGCAUAGAAGAGGAGAAAAGAGCAUUUGCUGAAGCAAGGAAAAACAUGCAGGUGCUGGAUGAUGAAUCACCAGAAAUGUUUAAAACCUUUUCUCAAGAAUCUCUCAUACCUGGUAAACUGGAAAUUAAUUUUGAGGAGUUGCUAAGACAAAAAAUGGAAGAAGAAAAGAGGCGCACAGAAGAAGAGCGCAGGCAAAAGUUAGAAAUGGAAAGGCAAGAAUUUCAACAGCUGAGACAAGAAAUGGGAGAGCUGGAAGAAGAGUCUGAAACUUUUGAGUUAAGCAAAGAGUAUGAAGAACUGAUUAAGCUAAAAAGAAGUGGUUCUAUUCAGGCAAAGAACUUAAAAAGCAAGUUUGAAAAAAUAGGACAAUUGUCUCAAGAAGAAAUACAGAAGAAGAUUGAAGAAGAGCGAGCAAAGAGAAGAGCAAUGGAUGAAGAAAUAAGAGAAAGGGAAGCUGAAAAAUUUCAAGAGGAUGAUGAUGUAGAUGUGACACCAGCCAAGAAAUCUGAGGCUCCAUUUACUCACAAAGUAAACAUGAAGGCUCGUUUUGAGCAAAUGGCAAGAGCCAGAGAAGAAGAGGAGCAGAGGAGGAUUGAGGAACAGAAAUUACUACGCAUGCAGUUUGAACAAAAAGAAAUUGAUGCAGCAUUACAGAAGAAAAGGGAAGAGGAAGAAGAAGAAGAGGGAAGCAUUAUUAAUGGUGCUACUUGUGAAGAUGAGGAUCAAGCUCGAUCUGGAGCUCCCUGGUUCAAGAAGUCACUGAAAAAUACAUCAGUUGUUGAUGGCGAGCCAGUGAGAUUUACAGUUAAAAUUACUGGAGAACCAAAACCUGAAGUUACGUGGUGGUUUGAAGGGGAAAUGUUGCAGGACUCUGAGGACUAUCAAUAUAUUGAAAGAGGAGAAACCUACUGCCUUUAUUUGCCAGAAACCUUCCCAGAAGAUGAAGGGGAAUACAUGUGUAAAGCAGUCAACAACAGAGGCUCAGCUGCUAGCACCUGUAUUCUCACCAUUGAAACUGAUGACUACUAAUGCUCUACUUUAGCUGGAAACUUUCUUCCCCUCAACUUUCUUACUGCAUCAUCUCUUUCUCUGAUGGGGCCAACUAAAGAAAACAAGGAUGUGCAUUAACCUGUCAUUCCUGCAAGACAUAAGAAUAUACCCUUCAAAUUGCAAGAGCUCCCUACUCAAAGCACAAACUAGUAUCAAAGGCUAAGAAUAAAAAAAUCAAUGUAUGAAAGACCAACUGAAGGAAAAAGCUGAACUAUCAUAGUGCUCCACCAUCUGAAGAUCAAUUCUGGUGUAACAGAAUAAAGCUGAAUACAUGAUCUGGAAA